CUUUAUCUCUCUCUCUCUCCAGGACCCGCUGGAUACCGGUCGGUGCGUGAUGGUGAUCCGGUCUGUGGUUUCUGGCAGUUCAGCCGAGCGUCACGGCGGUUUACUUCCUGGAGACCAGCUGGUUUCUGUCAACCAGACCCUGUUGGACCAGCUCACCUUGGCCCAGGCGGUGGAGGUCCUGAAGUCUGCCCCGCCUGGCACGGUCCGCCUCGGCAUCCGCAAGCCUCUGGUGGACGGAGCAGAGAGGAGGGAGGACGGCAGCCGGGUGUCUCUCAGCGCGCCGCUGCCUGUGCCAAAGCAACUACUCGUCAAUAACAGGGAGGCCCUUCUAGGAGAUCUGGAUGUCACUGCCCUCACUGUCACAGAGGUCAAGGCCAGAAUCUCCUCACGAAACUCCUCCGAAUGCCCGUCACCUUGUCACGGAUAA